AAAAAUCUCGCCCACAUUUUCAAUAGUGUAACGAAGUGUACAUCAACUGCAGUAAAUCUUACCUAUAUCUCAUCCUCAAAAUUGAAUCAAACCACACACACUUUGGGACAAAUUGAUUUUAAACGAGCUGAAGCCUGACCAGCCGUGAAAUUGAAAUCUGAAGGAAGGUAUAAAUACGAAGUUCCCGAAGGAUGAACUUCAGACAGUCGCGAAGUAUUAUCAAGUAACAUUCUCUUUAUAAACCGAAUCAACCAUACAAGCCAUCAAAUUUUACGAAAGAUUUUUGUUUCUAUCCAACAUGAUACAGUUUGAAAAAAUAAUUACCAGUAAGUCCGUUAUACUACUUUUAAUCUUUUCAACGACGACUUCGUAUGGCUUCAUAAAAAACGACCAUCGUGUUACCUCUAGAAGAUAUAACAUUCGUGAAAGUCGCAACUUACCCGACAGAAGACAACAGAUUGAAAGAAAUCUAAAUAUUCGAAACGGGCCCCACAAAAUCGACGAAAAGGACAGGGUUUAUGAAAAUUUGUACGACAGGCGAAGUUUCAGAACAGGAACUCUAGAACGAAAUGAAUCAACCGAACGGCGUUCUACCCAAUUCUCUAUUGCUGAUCGGAGAGAGGUGAGAAAUGCUUUUAGUCAAAGAAACGACAACAGAGUAAGCGUUAACAACAGGCAACGCUUCUCAAAUUAUAAACACCAAAGUGCAGAAAGCUCCAGGUAUCACAACCUUUUUGAUAAUAGAAGAUUUGUUAAUAAAAUUGAACUCAAUCGUGAGAAUCGAAAGCAGGUUCCUAUGGAUAGGAGAACGAAUUCUCAAAGUACAAAAAGAGAGUUUGAAAACCGUAGGCAAUUUGGUGUUGAUAGAACAAAUGCUCGAUCUGCCUCGUUCGACUACCAAAGAAUAACUGUGCCAAAUAAGGAAAUUACUGAAAUUCCUUCUGUAUACAGAAGAUUUAGGGUAUGUUCUUCUAGAAGUGACUCCACUAGACAGAUUCAACGAAAUGCCCGAACAAAUAAUUAUGACAAAAAAACUGAUUCUACUGUUAGGUUUUCGGUUGACAACGCGAGAAACUUCGAAAGGAAGGAAAACCGAAUUGUUUUGAGUAAGGAUAGGUCAAAUCAACAAGUCAGAAACGAACUGUUUAGAUCGAAUAGGAACCGGCACAUGCCAGACUUAGAACAAAGACUAAAUACCUUAACAAGUAGGUUACCUCACGAGUACCGGAGAGACACAGCUAGAAAUCAACUUGACAGAGUCAUGCCAGACUUUGAACAAAGACUAAGUACCUUAACAAAUAGGUUACCUCACGAGUACCGGAGAGACACAGUUAGAAAUCAACUUGACAGAGUCUCUUCCAGUAAUAUAAGAAAUGAGCCGAGGACGAGGAACACUCGGCGUGAUUUCCGACUGAAUUCCAAGAAAGAAAACCAUUUCAGAGAAGAGAUAUCUAGAGAAACAGAGAGACGAAAUCAGAGAAACAGAUUCGGAAAUUCAGAGAAAAGAACAGUUUCAAUAAGAUACAAUUCUCCCGCAUUGGAAGCAAGACGUCUUGAAACAACUACAAAUGUUAUACCACAAGCCCGCGUUUCAAAUUCAUAUUCAGUGAGACAUUUACCAGAAAAGCAAUUUUCAUUGGUAUCCACAGAGCUUGAAGGAAAAUCUGUUGAUCGUCAAAAUUCUCGAGAACGCUUCGAAUAUCUGAAACCUAACUUGGACAUUAACUCGUGGGUAAAUGCAGCACAAGUUAUAUUGGGCAUUUAUUUGCUAGGGCAAAUAUUUUUGAAUUCGUCGACUAAAAGCAAACCAAGAUUCAACAUGUUGUCUACUGUAGGUGCCGUGAAAAACAAGAUACAUUAGGAAGUUGAGAAUUAUAGUACUUUUUCCCCAAAAUAAAUCUUGAUGACAACCGCUAUUCCCUAAGGUAGCCUCUAUUAGAUUAUAAUAUGAUAGUAGUUAACUUUAAGUAAUUGAAAGUAAAUAAAUGUAGGCAACUUCAUCGAUACAAAGUCUAUCAAAAUCUCGAAAAAGGAAUAUUUAUGAACGAAGCACUUACUGUGUAUUAUUAUAUUGUAGUAGGUUUAAAAAAAUAAAUGUUAUAAAUGUA